AUGGCGCAUCGGCUACAGAUACGACUGCUGACAUGGGACGUGAAGGAUACGCUGCUCAGGCUCCGCCACCCCGUGGGAGAGGAAUAUGCCUCCAAGGCCCGGGCCCACGGGCUGGAGGUGGAGGCCGCCUCCCUGGGACAAGCCUUCAGGCAGGCGUACAGGGCUCAGAGCCUCAGCUUCCCCAACUAUGGCCUGAGCCAAGGCCUCACCUCCCGCCGGUGGUGGGUGGAUGUGGUCUUACAGACCUUCUACCUAGCAGGUGUUCGAGAUGCCCAGGCUGUGACCCCCAUCGCUGACCAGCUGUACGAGGACUUCAGCAAGCCCUUCACCUGGCAGGUGUUGGAGGGGGCUGAGGCCACCCUGAGGGAGUGCCGAAAACGAGGUCUGAGGCUGGCAGUGGUCUCCAACUUUGACCGGCGUCUAGAGGACAUCCUGAUGGGUCUUGGCCUGAGGGAAUACUUUGACUUUGUGCUGACCUCUGAGGCUUCCGGCUGGCCCAAGCCCGACCCCCGAAUUUUCCGUGAGGCUUUGCGGCUUGCUCAGGUGGAACCGGCAGUGGCAGCCCAUAUUGGGGACAGUUAUCCCUGUGAUUAUAAGGGGGCGCGGGCUGUAGGUAUGCACAGCUUCCUGGUGGUCGGCCCAGAGCCUUUGGAUGCUGCCAUCAAAGACUCUGUAUCUCAAGAAUGCCUCCUCCCCUCACUGUCCCAUCUCCUGCCUGCCCUUGACCACCUGGAAGUCUCACCCCCGUAA